AUGAAGCCUAGCAAAAAUCAGCUCCGGAGGGCACGCAAGAAGGCGCUGAAGGUCGAGGUGAGCCUAUUCCCUCACCCAACCGAGACAGGAGCUCACAUUUUCCAGACGACCGAUGCGCCCGACGAGAAAGUCCAAGAGACUGACGCACAGGCGCUCCCUUCUGUCCCGGUGCCCCAGGACUCAUCAAAGUCCGCAACUGGUCCCGUCGUUCCGGAAGAUGACCCACUAUGGGAGAUGUACAAGGACCUCGCCAGCAAGUUUGACGAAGCGUCGGGGGAAAAUGCCACUACGAAAGAGGGCGAGAAGCCGGAGAUAUACUUUGAUGACGAAGACGAGAUUCCAGACGAGGAGCAAGAGCUCGAGCCGAAAAUCUCCAAGAAGAAGCGAAAGGAGCUGAACAAAUUGUCUGUGGCCGAGCUGAAAGCUCUGGUUCGCAAACCCGAGAUCGUGGAGUGGACAGACACGUCAGCCUCUGACCCGCGACUUUUGAUUCACAUCAAAGCACAUCGAAAUGUGGUACCCGUACCUUCGCACUGGUCCCUGAAGCGCGAGUAUUUGUCGUCGAAACGAGGUGUCGAAAAAGCACCCUUUGCGCUUCCCAAGUUCAUUCAGGAAACGGGCAUCGCCGAAAUGCGUGAUGCGGCACUGGAGAAGCAGGAGCAGUCCACUCUAAAGCAGAAGCAGCGGGAGAGAGUCCAGCCUAAGAUGGGUCGGUUGGACAUCGACUACCAGAAACUCUAUGAGGCCUUCUUCCGCUUCCAAACCAAGCCUGAAUUGACCCGGUAUGGCGAGAUCUACUAUGAAGGGAAAGAAUAUGAGACCAAUUUGAAGCAUCUGCGCCCUGGCGAUCUAAGCGACGAACUGAAAGAGGCUCUCAGCAUGCCACCAGGGGCACCUCCCCCGUGGCUCAUUAACCAGCAGCGGUACGGCCCCCCUCCGUCUUAUCCUGCCCUCAAGAUUCCGGGCCUGAAUGCGCCUCCACCCCCAGGCGCGAUGUGGGGCUACCAUCCUGGAGGCUAUGGAAAACCACCCGUGGACGAACAUAACCGGCCACUUUACGGGGGUGAUAUCUUUGGGGUGCUGCAACCCCAGCAAAAUGCCCAGCACGGGGAGCCUGUGGAGAAAGACCUCUGGGGGGAGUUACAGGCAUCUGAGGAGGAAGAGGAGAGUGAUGGGGAAGACGACGAGGGAGAAGAAGAGGAAGAAUCUGAUGAAGAAGAUAUGGAAUCGGGCACUCACUCCCCUAGUGGCUUAGACACCCCCAGUGGUAUGGCUUCCGCCAUACCAUCUGAGUUCGGAACGACAGAGAGUGUGUCUGGGGAAUUUGAUGUCCGCAAACAUCACCGUGGGACCGAGACCGAGGAGUCUAUCCAUCCUCGCAGUGCGUACCAGGUGAUCCCUGAGAAGCAAACCAGCGUCCAAGGGUUCUUUGGCGGAGACCGAGCGUAUGAUCUCACCUCCUCCUCCGCUGCUCCUCCCGUUCUAGGCGCUGAGGACCAAACCCGGAAGCGAAAGAAGCCUGGCGAUGUGGAGGUAUCGGUUGACCUGGACGCAAUCCAGUCCGAGGAUGGACUCAGCAAGGAAAGUCUCCAGAAUCUUUACGAGACCCAGCGACAGCAACAAAACCAGCCUCAAUGGGGAUUCCAGGAGGAUCUCAGCGACAUGAUUGCGCAGGAAAGUCGAAAGCGAUUACGCAAUCAAGAAGACCGGCGAGGCAAACGUUGA